AUGACCCCAUCCGGGCUGAAGGCGGUGGUGCGCGAGAAGAUCCUCAGCGUUGUCUUUCGCAGCGUGAAGAAGGAAGGAGAAUGGAAGGUGCUGAUCAUGGACCACCCCAGCACGCGCAUCCUUUCGUCAUGCUGCAAGAUGUCCGACAUCGUGGAUGAAGGCAUCACACUUGUGGAAGAUAUUAACAAGCGCCGGGAGCCAAUCCCCAGCCUGGAGGCCAUCUACCUGCUCAGCCCUGUGGAGAAGUCGGUGCAGGCUCUGAUCGAUGACUUCCAGGGCACCCCCACCUUCACCUACAAGGCAGCUCACGUCUUCUUCCUCAGCCCCUGUCCUGACCCUCUGUUCAACAAGCUGCGGAAGUCACGGAUCACCAAGGCCAUCAAAAUCCUCAAGGAGAUCAACAUGGCCUUCCUGCCCUAUGAGAGCCAGGUGUACUCCCUGGACAGGCCACAGAGUUUCCACAACUGGUUCAGCCCCUGCUGCGCCUGGGAAAGGAACAAGGAGUUGGAGAUGCUGGGAGAGCAGAUUGCUUCAUUGUGUGAAACCCUGGAGGAGUAUCCAGCCAUCCGCUACAGGAAGGACCAUGAAGAUAACUUCCACCUGGCGCAUGCUGUACUGGCCAAACUCAAGGUGUUCAAGACAUACGAGCCCAGCAUGGGAGAGGGCCCUGACAAAGCCCGCUCUCAGCUGUUGAUCGUGGACCGGCGCUUCGACCUGGUGUCCCCACUGCUGCAUGAGCUCACCUUCCAGGCCAUGGCCUACGACCUGCUCAGCAUCGAGAACAACACCUACAGGUACGAGACAACGGGCACCAGCGACUCGCGGGAGAAGGAGGCGCUGCUGGAUGAAGAUGACGAACUCUGGGUGCAGCUACGCCACAUGCACAUCGCUGACGUCUCCCAGAAGGUGACUGAGCUGCUGCACACCUUCUGUGAGAGCAAGAGGCUGACCACGGACGAGCCAGAGCUCUGGAGCUCCCCACGGUGA